UUAUUUAUUUGAAUCUACAAAUUCGACGUCGUCACUGUUUUGAUGCAUUUAUGAUUCUUUGCUAAAGUUCUUAGUUUGUCGCCACCAAUAUAUGCGAAUUUUGGUUGUAUAUGUAUAGAUUAGAUGCGCAGAUAAGAUUAUUGGUGCGGUCAGCACUAUGGUCGAUAUUUUGAAGACAUUGUCUAAUCGCUUGGAUUCUCGUGAGGUUGAGAUAGUGGACAAUCUGUCACUUUUAGAGACUUCAGCAACGUCUUUGGUUGAGGAUUGCAACGCUAGAUUACAAUCCUGCUUGAUCUCACGUGUAAACUUAUGUCUUAAUGAAAACUUCGACUCUACUGAAGACUUUAGCAGUCGCUUUGUCAGGGCUGCCGAUACAAGUGCCUGUGCUCUGGACAAGUUAAACUGUGCUGUGAAGGUGGUUGAUUUUGUAUCUGUUUUAUACGAUUUUGGUUGGCGCAUUUUAUCGAGUCAUAAGGAUGGGGACCAUUCAGGUUGUAAAGAGAAUAUCCAUAGUUUCAUUAGGACUGUUGACGAGUGUAAACAUGAAGGUUACUGGGAUGAGGUAUCUAAGGUACUUUCUCGUGGUUACAUUGAUGAUGUGAUGCGUCGUUUGCGAUGCUUUGUGAUUGAGCAGUUGCGUGGCGAUCUGACUUCAGAGCAGUCUCAGCUAUACACUCGACUUGCCAUUACGCUUCAAGCUCGUUCUGAGGCUUAUGAAUCCUACUGCAAAAUUGUAAGGAUGCGUAUGGCUGAAGUAUGCUCGAAAAAUCAAGGAUCUACUGUUGGAGUUCGUCUUGACGGAAUUAUAAAGUGUGCUGGUGUCCUGCUACUGAGUCAAGCUCAGGCCGUGCACAAUGAGCUUGGUUCUAGCGACUACCUUCGUAUAUGUCGGGAGAUCCAUGCUUUGACAUCUGCUGAAGCAUGUAUGAUAUUCCGCUCAUUUUUAAUAUCUGGUUUCGCGCCAUUGAUUGGCGACAGCAACAUUGACUCUGAUGUUGAUGCUGUAUUAUCAAAUAUUGAAUCCAGUUUGUCUGAUGAUGCUAUCUUCUUUGAUUACGUUUCAGACAUGAAGACCUUAGACCGGGUUUUAGACGAUAUCGCAUAUUUAAGUUCACUUUGGUGUGGUUAUGAGGCAUCAUAUCAAAGCAUCGUAUCUCCUAUACAACGCUCUAUGAUCGGGUCAAUUGAUUUUACACCUGUUGGUACGGAUAACGUGGGUUCAUGUACUGACGCAACUUGUAUCCUUCAAUCUAUUUUGUCACUAUAUGUGCGUCUGGAGAAUGCUGCAGUGACAAACAGCCUCAACCAUGCCAUUAACAGUGACGCUAUAUAUAUCACCUCGGUUGAUGAGGGCUAUGUUGCUUCCACAAGUACUAUUGUUGAUGAUUCCUUCUUUGUGCUUCAGAAGGCACAGCAUCGUGCUGUGUCCACAGGUGACGUACAAGCUGCUUGCGCCACUCUUAAUCAGGUUAUAGCCAUUAUUCAGGGUACAUUGAAGGGCGCUCUCGUUCGCAAUUUAUUGGAUAGUCAGAACAUAUACAAAGUAUAUUUGGAGAAUCCCGACAAUCUUGUUAACUACUCAUGGCAUAAGAUGCUACAUGAAUACUUUGAGCAUAAUAAGCAGGAUUUACCAGAGUCUGUUCCAUCUCGUUUUAGUUUCAUUCAUUGUGUGAACAACAUUGAGGAAUGCUUUAACUUUUUAUCGAAGUUCAAGACUGAGAUUUCAUCUUGCUUCACUCAGGAGUUUUCUCAGCAGACUAAUGACAAACUUUUAGUGGAAAGCACUUUGGAAUCUUUGGAUGCUGUUAUGCAUGAUUUCCACGAGUUACUUGACAUGGCAUGCAAAAGUGCAUUGAGUAUUUUGAAGUAUCAUAUAUUCGAACCUCUGAAUGCUUUUUCGUCGAUUAGCUUUGUUAUAGAUGAAGAGUCUUAUUCCUUGUGCAUGUCUGAGAAUCCGUUUUUGGAGAACGUAUCAGUUACUCUUCGUUUGGUUUUCGGUCAUCUUUCUACAUUCUAUUUGAGUUCCAGUUACUUGCGUUGCAUGGAGACGUUAACGGAGCGCAUUUGCAAGUUCCUUGAGCACAGUAUAUUAGACAAACACUUUACAAUGUACGGCGCAGUGUACCUUGACAGCAUUGUUCGCUCUCUGAUGCAUGUCUGCACUUCAUAUGAGCAAAAUAAUCGAAGCCAGUUUGCCACAUUGCUUCUUAUCACUGAUGUUUUGAACUGUGGUACUCAUGAGGAGACAUCACACCUUUACAGUCAAGGUUCACGUGAAUUGAUCGAUCGUUACUUUUCACUCCGCAUUGAUGCCGACAUCAACGACGUGCCCACUGAUACCUGAGUUCAACUCUAUCGAAUUCAUUUUUAUUGUU